UUCUACGCUUUGUCGUUGGUGUGUUUUGGUUCUUCCCUUUUAUUCUUGUUGAUUGUGAGAACAUUUAACAUGAUUCCCGGCUACUGACAGUUUACAGUUUAAAGCCACACAGGAGGAAGGAAUGCCGGGUGUAGGUAGAGCUGAGUUGAUCCACACGCCGGUGCAGCUGUACCGGCACCUGCUGAGAUGCUGCAGACAGCUGCCGUCAGCAGCCAUGCAGCAGCACUACCGACACGCCAUCAGACAGGGUUAUAAAAGCCACUCAGAUGAAGAUGACCAAGAGAGGAUACAGAUGAUAAUCCAGAGGGCCCUCACGGAUGCAGACUGGAUACUUGGCAAAUAUACCAAGAAGAAGUGAGCUUUCUGGUUUCUGCAGCGUUGCACCUGCUGACGGUUUUCAUCGUGACCAUUUGUAACAGUACGAGUCUUCCUUUUAUUUGCUGUCAUAGUUCUGAUCAUGUGACUGAUGAAAGACAUACUGGACUGCUGGAACACAAAAGGACAAGUCACCAUGGCAACUGUUAAUACUUAUAUUUUAUGUAUACUAUAUUUUCAUUAAAUUAUUCUCAAAGAAGAA